UAAAGAGCACGCUUUCUUGAGUCCACUCGAGUUUCGAUGCAUUUUGUAAUCCCUGACAUACAGCUAUCAUAUAUUUUAGUUGUCGGUAGAAAGAUUUAAAACACUUUCUCAGUUAUUGUUAGUUUUUCCUGUUGUCAUCCAGUCAUGCAGUUUGUACUGCUGCUUCAGGUGUGCCUCUUAAUACUUGGUAAGUUACAUGGUUUAUGGGCAUUUGUUUUUAUGUGUUGGGCUGCAAUUAAGUUUGAUACAAAGUUCAACAUGCACACAGGCCUUUCUAGUUUAAGAGCUAGACCUCUUAUCAACCUUGCAAGUGGACAGCGCGUUAGUCUUUUCCAAAGACAGUCUCAAAACUGGGACACAUUUGGAUUAGCAUGAGGUUCUUCUUUUAAAACCUGCAACACUCAAGUCUCAACAGUUCUGCUGUCGACUUUGAGUAGUUCUGUUUGUCUAGUUUUGAGUGAUGGAUGGGGUGUGGUGACUCAGUGUCAACCCCUAGAACAACAUAAGGUACUAAUCUGUUCUGUGCACUGAAAAGAGAAAUAGAGAACGGGGCUAAGAAAUGUUUGUUUUGUGUUUUUUUUUCCUGCUGCCUUGGGAUCGAACAAGAAAGUAUUAAAAAAAUAAAGAAUUCACAUCACAUGAACAAACAAUUUAUAAUUUAAAGCUGCAAAGCCUUAGCCCAUAGUGAAAAGUAUACAUUGUUAAAUAAGUCUUUUUUUCCUUUGUUUGUUAUAAUCUUAACUACUUGAGAAAGUGAUAAAUAGGCUACUAUAUCAUUAACACAAAUUCAUUGAAAACCUGCAUGAGAAAAAUGACACAGUAAACCCCAUAUCAUUUAGAAAGUUGGAAGAAAGUUGUCCAUAAAGUGAACUUACAUUUCAAAGUGCUGGUGUUCAGAGUUGUCUUUAUGAACUGCUGGUUUGUCGUUGCUCCCACGCCAAAGAUCCUUGUUAUCAUGGAAACUGCCAGCGUAAGGGCGCACAGUUAACACAGGUGAACUCAGACAGGAACCAGGAACUGUGCUCACCAUUGGCUGCUGCGCUUGUUGAAAUAUGACACCACCCGUCAUACCUCUGUUACACAAGAGGACCUGUUGAGCACACUGGGACACUGUCCCAGUACUCACAGUGAAAAGAUGUAAUCAUUUCAGUGCAGGUGUGGUGUUAUUCUUUUGACGCUGGAGUUAUCAAUCUUUCUGGAUCAUGUUUACUUUCUCCAGAUGUGUAUUUUCUUUACCUGUGGUGUGAAAGCAUAUUAAAGUGUUGUGUAUCUAAAAAGAAGUCUGUGUUCUCCUGUGCAGGCUUGUCAGAGGCAAACCCUGGUAGGAAGUUUCUGAUGAUGUUUCCCCCUCAUAAUGACCUGACAGCAAAUGUCACACAUCAAGUCACUAUCUCAACCACUGGAGUUCAGACCUCAGUCACUGUGCGGGUUCUUGAAAGCAGCUUCAUGCAACACAUCUUCCUCUCAGCUGGCGAGUCAAAGACGAUCCCCCUGCCGUCAUCUGUGAGAAUGAUCAGUGACCGUUCCUCCCACCUCCUCAGUGUGACGUCUGUGUGGCCUGUGACAGUCAUCACCUCAUUCUGCACUCCGGCUGGUUGUGAUCACAGUCUGCUUCAUGAUGUUUCCUCCUGGGGGACCCACUACUACCCCAUUACUCCUCGUUUCCCCAACGAGAAAGCUGUCAGCCAGAUGGUGAUCACAAGCUCGGACCGUGAGACAUCAGUGGAUAUCUUCCUCUCAGGGGACACGCUCUUUAAAGGCAAUAUGUACCCCAGGGAAAGUGUCCUACAGUUGCAUUUAGGUGUUCUGCAGAGUGUUUACCUCCAGAGCAACACCACCCUCUCUGGCUCUGAGCUCAACUCUAAAGAAGCUGUGGGUGUUGUGGUCAGUUUUACAUGCUCUAAACACACACCUGGGCAUUGCCUGUAUGGAUUUGCUGCACUUCAACCAGUCUCCCAGUGGGGGUUUGAUUACGUUCUCCCUCCCUUGGUAAACACAGUGAUGAGUUCUAGUUUCCUGUUGGCAAUGGCGACUAUCAACUCGGCCCUCAACAUCACGAUCAGCACUGGACAGACAAACAUGUCUCUUAAUGGUGGUGUUAUGUCUGCCAUUCCUGUUGUGACAUCAGAUAAAAUCCGGAUUACAAGCAACAGUCCCCUUCAGCUUGUUUACCUCAGACUUUAUGAAGUAGAGCGUCCUUCAACUCUAGCAGUGUUGCCAUCUAUUGAUGAUAUCUGCAAGACUGAACCCAUGUUUGAUUCAAGUGAUAUGAGUGGACAGCAAGUUAACAGUACCCAGACAGGAGAUUUUAAGCCAGGAGUAAAUUCAGAGUCCAGUUUUCCUUACACAGACACAGAUGUGGGACACUAUCUGAGUACCAUGGACAGACAAGUUUAUCCAGCAGCAUGUAAGAAAGGUAUGUUGUUGUUGUUGAUUUUGCAUUCAACAAUUCAAUAGUUACUGAACUUAAUUUUGACAUGGAUCUGGCAGCCUUCAAUGCUCAUGCUUAACAAAAAUGAGAAUUAUAUCCUGACCCAUCAAACCAGUAAACAAAUUCUAACACAGUUUCUUGAAACAGCUUUGACAGUGGUGAAUUUGUGCAGCCACAAAGAUGUCGUGUGCACCACACUAUCUCGCAUGUCUGUAGAGUUGUAUUUUUAGUGCGCUUUUUAGAGCUAUUUGAAGUCUGCUGUAGUGUUCUUCUUGUAGUUUGGCCACAGGUUUUGUACAAAAACUGCCUUUACUUUUUCUGUAUGCAUAUUAAACCUGCAUGAAAAAGUGUUUGCUUAUGUACAUAUAUUGCAACACUGCCUGUAAAAAUCAUCAUGUGAUAUUUGCAUGUAAAUAUGUCCUUUUUUUCCCCCCUUCAUACCAGCUGCACUUUCUUGCAAGGAGUUGGCCUGUGGUCCUAAACAAAAGUGCUCAGUGAAAGAUGGAAAACCACUCUGCUCUUUGAAAAACAAAAUUUGCACUGCAUGGGGUGACUCUUAUUACCGCGACUUUAAUGGAAGAGAUUUUGUCCUACAGGGGAACUGUAACUACACUUUUCUCCAGACUACAUGUCCGGGCUUAAAUGCCUCCAUUCCACUUCAGAUUGAUAUUGCUCGAGCGUAUUUGAGCAGCUCCACUGUCUCCAGCAUCCACACAGUCCACAUCAGCAUCCAAGGCUUCAAUAUCUCCAUGAUUAAGGAAGACAAAAAUCACAUCAAGGUGAGUCUUUGAUAUUUGUAGCUCUUGUUUUUUCAGGAGUUAAUGCUCAUCGUUUGUUCUCUCACUGAAACUCCUAGAUUAAUGGACAGAGGAAGAAUCUACCCCUCGCCCUUGGUAAUGGAUCUCUCUACUUUUAUCCAAGCGGCUCUGGAGUUGUUUUAGAAACCACCUUUGGCCUGGCUCUGCAUUAUGACUGGAGUCACCAUCUCCAGGUUGUUGUUGGCCCAGAGCUGUAUGGGAACCUGUGUGGUUUAUGUGGAAAUGCUGAUCACAGCUCCUCAGAUGUUUCCUCAGCCUCUAACAGCACUGAUGAGGCCCAGACUGAGGAUUUUACCCUUCAGUGGGUGGCAAACAGUGAUGCAGGCUCAUGUAUUGAGGAUUGUGGUGGUGGUGCCUCAUGUCCAGUGUGCACUGAAAGCCAAGCCAAAUCUUUCCCUGGCAUGAAAGGCGGCGACUCUAUGACAGCAUGCUCUCUACUGAAGUGGAGUGAGGGACCGUUUGCAGAUUGUCACUCGUAUGUUGAUCCUGAGCCCUUUCAUCGUAGUUGUGUGAAUAACCUGUGCAUCGAUCAGGCAACCUCUUCAAUGUGCAAAACGUUGACCGCCUAUGCUUCCUUGUGCCAGAGGCUUGGGGCAAAAGUCCAAAACUGGAGAACCACAGCAAAGUGUGGUGAGUUUCUAUUCUGUGGCUAAAGUCAAUGUUUAAGUUUGCUAAAAAAAAAUGCUAAUAGUUCAAUGCUCUUUCUCAGUUCUAAGAUGUCCCAUGAACAGCCAUUAUGAGACAUGUGGGUCUGCCUGCCCUGCUACCUGUGGUGACCCGGACGCCCCUCAUAAGUGCUCCCAAUCCUGUCUGGAAUCUUGCCAGUGCAACAGAGGCUUUCUGCUGAGUGGUGGGAAAUGUGUGCCACAUAGUGAGUGUGGCUGUCUGCACCAAGGUUCCUACUACCUCCCUAAGGAGACCUUCUGGUUAGACGAACAAUGCCAGGAGAAAUGUGUUUGCCAGCCAACCUCCAAGACAGUGAUGUGUGCCCAGUCUCAGUGUCAGGAUGGCACACAUUGCAAAGUUCUGAAUGGGGUUCUGGACUGUCACAUGGACAGGCCUGGGGUGUGUAUAGCAAAAGGAGAUCCCCAUUUUACCACUUUUGAUGGGCGAAACUUUAAUGUUUAUGGUAACUGUACUUACCUGCUCACUUCUCACUGUCCCUCUUGGGGGGACCUGGAAGACUUUAGGAUAGAGGUCCAGAACCAGAAAAGAGAGCAUUCAAAUGUUUUCUUUCGGCGAGUCACAAUGGUUGUCUCUGGUUAUGCCAUUGAGUUAUCAGCUAAUUGGGGUAACAGGAUCAUGGUAGGUUUCUAUAGUUGUGAAAGCACAUCUCAUUUAACCUGAUUUUUCUUUUUUUUUUCAUUUGCAGUUUUAACAUCAUUCUUCUGGUUCCAGGUUAAUGGUCUGCUUCUGCAUCUUCCAUCCAUGUUGAGCCGAGGCAAAGUAAAGCUUUAUAUGACUGGACUCUUCACACAUAUAGAGACUGACUUUGGCAUUGUUGUGACAUACAGUGCUGAUGUCCUAACUGUGCAAAUGCCGAGGAUCUUCUCUGGUAAUCUCUGUGGCCUGUGUGGGAAUUUCAACGCUGAUCCAGACGACGAUGUGAUACCUGAUGAUGAUUCAGACAUGUCUCGAGCAGUGAGACACUGGAAAAUAGAAAGCGAGCACAGAUGUGUAGAUGUGCCUACGGAUGACACAGAGUGCAAUUCACAAAAUAUGGCUCUUUAUAGGGGGAAUAAAUUCUGUGGAAGAUUACUAGACAUAGAGGGGACUUUUCAGAGAUGCCACAAAACAGUGGAUCCACAAGAUUUCUAUGACAACUGUGUUCAUGACCUUUGUCAUAAUAACCAGACCACGCUGUGUCGGAUUCUGUCCAGCUAUGUUGCUGUAUGUCAAGAAAUGGGAGUUAUAAUGGAUGAAUGGAGGUCUCCCAACUUUUGUAGUAAGAAACCAUAUCGAAUCUUGUAUCUUGUCAGGUGACAAAUAAGUGGAAACGAUUCUAAGUUUUUUUUCUCUGUUUCAGAUCUCCUCUGCCCACAAAAUAGUCAAUACCGCCUGUGCUCAAGUCACGUUACGGACUGUGUGGAAAACCUGAGCAAUGAAACAAAGAAAUGCAAAGAGGGCUGUUUCUGCAAACCUGGGUUUUUCAACAGUGCUGGGAAAUGUGUGCCAGACUCUGAGUGUGGCUGUGUUUACAAUGGCAUUUACCAUGAUGUCCACGAGGACUUCUUCCCUGAUGAGCUAUGUCAGAUACGCUGUGUUUGUGUAGGCCACAACAAAGUACAAUGUAAGAACCACACAUGUUCAGAAGGAUCAAAAUGUACCAUCAGAGAUGGCUUCAGGGCAUGCCAUGCAUCAAAACCCCUUCAAUGUACAGUCAUGGGAGGCAGACACUUCGGGGUUUAUGAUGGACAUAACUUUGACUUCAAUAUGGGAAGCUGUCGUUACGUCUUAUCCCAAGUUUGUGAUGAGGACAAGUCUGAUCCAACUGUGAUUUUCCAGCAAGGAAAUCUCUACCUAAGGGUCCAUGAAAUCAACAUUACAUUAGAGAAAGAACAUUUGGGCAAAGUGAAAGUAAGCAGUUUGAUAUUUACAAACAAAUAUGUGGGUGUUUUAUUAUUUAUUACACUUACACGUUUGUUUUUCAGAUUAAUGGGGUCAUGAAGGGACUGCCAGUCCAGCUCGACCAUAUAACCUUACUUCAGUCUGGCCGGUCGACUCGUGUUGUCUUUACAGCCACUGGGGUUGUUGUCACUUAUGGUGGACCUAAUCUGAUACAAGUGCUGACUCCAGCCUCCACCAGGAGAAUGUGUGGCCUGUGUGGAAACAUCCCUGCUGUUGAUACAGAUGACGAACACCGGCCGAAUGUAAGCCUCGCCAGUGAUGUUUCCACAUUUGCAUCAUCCUGGUUGCUCUCGCCAUCUGGAAUGAACUGCUCUGAAGGAUAUGAGCUCUGUUCAGUGAGCAACUCUAGCACGGCAGCUGAAUUUUCCUCUGAUAACCUCUGUGGCAUGCUGCUGGCUCCUGCAGGAUCAUUUAGUGGGUGCCACUCUGCUGUGGACCCUGGGCCCUUCUUUCAGAACUGUGUGAAUGACUUAUGUGUGUCAAAUGGGAAUGAGGAAAUCUUCUGCCGUAGUUUGAGUGAGUACACUUUUGCAUGCCAGGAGGCUGGAGCUGAGGUUAAACCAUGGAGGGGGGAGAGGUGCUGUGAGUAUAAAUCAUCUUGGCUCUCCUGCUCGUACGUGUCGUUUUAUUCGUCUAUUAUGGUUUGCCAGUGCAUGUAAUCCAUACAAGUCUGCACAGAGGCUUCUGUUGAACUUUUGGAACUCAGGCAUGCUCUAUAUACAGUGAAGUUCCCUGACUGAUGUAAUAUUAGUGUGAGUUUAUACAGUAUAUGAAUCUUUUUUCUUUUUUUCCUCUCCACCUACAGCACUCUUAUGCCCUGAAAACUCUCACUACAAUAUAUGUGUCAGUGCGUGCCCUGAGUCCUGUGGUAUUUUAUCUGAUAUCCCUUGCCCCUGGGCCUGUUAUGAGGGAUGUCAAUGUGACUCUGGGUACAUGCAGAGUGGAAGUGGCUGCAUUAAGGCUGAUGAAUGUGGCUGCUUCUACCAUGGGCACUACUAUGAGGUGAGUUGCUCCAGAUUGUUUUGUUUGUACAUUUCCAUUUUUUGUGUGGACUUUCUCAAUAGAGUGAAACUGUUUAUCGAACCUGGGAUCAGACCUGAAAUUGCAGUUUUAUCUGACUCAAGGUGAACCGUUCUUGUUUGUUAGGGUGUGUGUUUUAUGACAAAUCUACAUGUGACCCCAGUGCACAAUCGGCUAUAAACAAGUUGCAACAGUCGAGCUUUAAGAACGACAUGCCCUAGUUAAUCCAUGCACCGUUCAGAACAUGACUCAUUAAUGUUUUGGCCGAUUGAAUAUGCCUCACCUGUACUUGUGGCAUGACUAACAAGAAAAUCCUAUGCCUUUGUGUCUUCCUGUGUUGUUUGUUUGGAACAGUUGAGUAACACACACAAACAGUGACUCACUAUCCUUUUGCAGAUUGGGGAGAUAUUGUGGGCUGAGGGAUGCUUUGAGCGCUGUAACUGCUCUGCCUCUGCCACUGUGUGCUGUGAGCCAGCUUCUUGCCCUGAGGGAGAAAGCUGCACCCUCAAUAAUACUUGGGGCUGUGCAAGGAAAGGUAGGCCCGGCUGGUUCUGCCGCUUUGGGUGACACUUACUCACCGGUUAACUGAUGUUCACGUCAAAUGAAAAUUUAUGUCCAAUUUUCUGUCACUUUAUGUCAUGAUUCAGGUUGCAAAACAACCCCGACAGCUGAACAUAGGUGUUUUUUUUUACCCAGCGUUCUGUCAUUUUAACUAAAAUGCAGUUAAAUCCUAACCCCGUUUUGAAUAGUUCAUUAUGUACUUUAAAUCUCCUGUCUGCCUGGGGGCUUUAGCGGGAUUUAGCUGCAUGUCAGUCAAAACUAAUAAGCCUAUCAUACACAAUUUAAAUGUGGUGUGUCUCAAAUAAUUGAACUUGUAUUUAAUUUAAUGCCAUUCAAAUACCUGCCAGGGAAAUUUAAAUAAAAUCUCAGCACACUUGUUUAUGCAGUGUAUUGAUUUAUCUCCUUGUUUUUCAUUUGAUAUACAACAGUUGUCCAAAUGACCGAUUGUCUGCAGUCACUCUCGCUGUCGUCAACACAAACAGCCAACAAUAUGAAUCUCUUUUUCCUCUUAUUUUUUCAGCCAAUAGUGAUCGUAAAAUGUGUAAAAAUGGAGAGACUUGUGGAGCCCCUAGCCAGCCUGUGCCAGCUCAGUGUUGGGUACUGGGAGGUGCCCACUUCUACACUUUUGAUGGAAAAAUGUUUGAAUUCCAAGGAAACUGUACCUACACCCUGAUCCAGACAGUGAAUAACACCCGUGACAAUAUGACAUUUUGGGUUGGAAUACAGAAAGACAGGACCCAUGAUGUGGUCUCCUCUUUUAAGGCCAUUCAUGUCAAAGUGGCAGAACACAGUGUGGCUAUCUACAGAGGGGAAAAAGGUUACGCUUGGGUAUGUGUGAAACAUCACCAUCCUUGCUUUACUUUAAUUUUUAUGGUUAAAGUUAUAUCAUAUGAUGUAGCACAUUCACUCAAAGGGAUAUUCCAGCAUAAAAUUAAUUUAGGGUCAAUCACACCGUAACACCGAGUUAGACACCCCCUCGAGAGAUUAAUGUUCCCGACCGCUUGCUUUUCUAGUUAUACCAACUUUAGUAACAACCGCAGGAUAGCAAUACACAGUGGUCUGAGGAGCCAUAAACAAACCUCAACUAAAAAGUCACUCUAUAGCCACAAAUAAUGCUCAGAACAGCACCUAUCUUCAUCAACUGUACAUACAGGGUCCCAGCCAUAGUACUAGCCACCAAACACAUUUUUAGCUUUGCCUGAUUUCUUUAGUAAAGAGACUGAACACAACUCACCUACUCUCUUCCAGCAGCCGCUUGUUUGUAUCGAGACCUCAGGCCAGUCCAUUACCGACUGCUGCGGGGUGACGCAGCUCAAGGAAGAACAUUUAUCAUAAUAACUAUCAUUUCCUUGAAGUAAUAAUCAUCAUAUUAAUCAUUUUGCACUGCAGACAUGGUAGUUCUUCUGCCUUAGCGUCUCGGUCUGAUUGCAUUUUCGUGAAGAAAUGAUCAUAAAUGUUCUUCCUUGAGCUAGGUCACCCCACUGUAGUCUGUAAUGGACUGGCCCGAGGUCUCGCUACAAACAAGCAGCUGCUGGAAGAGAGCAGGUGAGUUGUAUUUAGUCUCUUGUGCUAUGGCUGGGACCCUCUAUUUACUGUUGAUGAAGUUAGGUGCUGUUCUGAGCAUUAUUUGUGGCUAUAGAGUGUUGUUUUGGUUGAGGUUUGUUUAUGGCUCCUGAGACUGCCAUGUUAUGCUAUCCUGUGAUUGUUACUCAAAUUGGUAUAACUAGAGAAGCAAGCGGUCGUCAGCAUUCAUCUCUCGAGGGGGUGUCUAACUCAGUGUUAUGGUGUGUUUGACCCUAAAUUAAUAUUAUUCCAGAAUAUCCCUUUAAUCUUACCACAAAGAUGCAUGGAAAACUUCCUUCUGAAAUGAUGUGUCCAAAAUGUGUUUAUCCUUUAACAGAUAGAUGGAGAAAAAAGACUGCUGCCUGUGACUCUACAGUUUGGUCUUGCAAAGAUUUAUCAGAGUGGCAUUUUUGUUGUAGUGGACACUAUUCUAGGUCUUCAAAUUAAGUAUGAUUGCUCUCAUAUCGCCACUAUCUUCCUAUCUAAUAAAACACCAGUCAAUGGCAUGUGUGGAAAUAAUAAUGGCAUUGAAGAAGACGACCUCAGGACCCCUCAGGGCGAGGCUGCGGAUGCUACCACUGUUGGCUGGAGCUGGAGAGUUCCCGGUCAGGAAGCUCAGUGCACAGCAGAUUGUGGUGAUGCAUGCCCACGGUGCUCUGCUAAACAGCUGCGGGAGAAAAAAGUAGCAAGUCUAUGGAUGUCUUUGUAUGAAUACAUUUGGUCCCCACAAAAUCCAUUCUACCUGUGCAGAGAAGCUGUUAACUACAGUAAAAUCUCUACAGCAGUGAGCAUAUUUGACUUGUGCUCCAGUGAUGACCCUCAGAAGACCCUCUGUCUCGUCUUGGAGGGAUAUGCUGCUGCCUGCCAAAAUGCCCAGAUUGAGGUCAGGGAGUGGAGGAAUGGCACCAACUGCUGUAAGCAAUUCUCCUGUUUUUUGCUUUUUUGCUUUCUGUUUUUUGGGCAGAUACAUUUUUAACAAGACUACCCUGAGUCUCAGCUGCAAUCAGGAAUGUGAGUGCCACUUUUCUUCAUUAAUGUUGUUGAUGUUGAUGUUCACUAUUUUCCUUUUUUUUUUUUUUUUUUUUUUUUAGCCGUGUCCUGCCCAUCGAAUAGCCAUUUUGAGGCCUGUGGCACAGCCUGCCCCGCCACCUGUGAGGCCCCAGUUCGCUCAGGCCCCUGCACCCUGGCCUGUGUGGAGACCUGCCAGUGUGACCUUGGUUUUGUCCUGGACGGUGACAUCUGUGUCCCCUUGUCCCAGUGUGGCUGCACUCACAACGGCUACCGUUACCACAGCAACCAGACCUUCUGGGCUGAUGAGGGUUGCACAGAAAAAUGUGUUUGUGACCCCAAAACUACCCAGAAGCGGUGCCAUGCGGAUUCUUGCGGCCCCAGUGAAUCCUGCGGCCUCCAAAAUGGGGUCAGAAGCUGUGUGUCACAUCAGCAGCGGACAUGCCUGUACACCGGCCAUCACGUAGUCACCUUUGACCAGCAUGACUAUGAUUUGCACGGCACCUGUCAGUACCAGUUACUGGGCAUGUGCGGACAGAAGCAGGGCCUCAAUGCGAUUCAAGUUCAUGUCCAGACAGACGGACACCUGGAGUCAGCACUUCACGUCCUGGUUAAUGUGAGUGGGGUGCUUGUGGAGCUAAACAGCAAAAACACCGAGUUCCUAGAGGUAAGUGUUUUUAUGUCACACUCAGUGCAUUUUUACCCUGUGGUAGGUCAAAAAUAAAAAGAAGUAAUAAACUAAGGAUUCAACCACACUUCAAAAAGCUUACUUUCUAAAUGUGUUACCCUAUGCUGGCUUUUCAAUGCAAUGUUGGCACCCCCUACAGGUUGACGGUGUCAGAAGGAACAUGCCUUAUAACCUCAGCCCCACUACACUGGCUUUCUCUUUGGGCCUGCACACCUACAUCUACACAGACAUGGGCUUUGAGUUCAGCCUCAGCAAAGAGGGCAUAGUUAACAUUCGGCUGCCCAGUGAAUAUGCUAAUGUGACGUGUGGCCUGUGUGGUAACUUCAACUCUGAUGCUGCCGAUGAUCUCAUAGCUGCUGGUGCAGGGGAGCAUCUCAGACCCGAACAGUUUGGAAAAGCUUGGAGAAGUGGACAGAAUCCCUGGUGUGUGGAGGGCUGUCUGGGAGGAAGUUGUCCAAAAUGUUCAUCAGAGCGUCUGGCCCUCUUCUCUGACCCAGAGGCUUGCGGGAAAAUUCUAGAAGUUAAUGGACCGUUUAGACACUGCCAUGGCAAAGUGAACCCCUCCAGCUUUUACAAGCGCUGCGUCAGUGACCUGUGUCUUCAUGGAGGUCUCCAGCCUGCACUGUGUCACUCCCUGGCAUUGUAUACUGCUGUCUGCCUCUCCCACAGAGCUACGGUUUAUGCCUGGAGGAGUCCUGGAUUCUGCUGUGAGUGUUAAUGUGCUUCCAGCCCCAACGUGGGAGUGAAUUAAAUUAAUAUCAUCUACAAUUGUAACUCCUCUGUUUGGAGUUCAGCAUCAUUGCACACCAAAUGAAAUAUGGAGUUUGCAGAUGCUGUUUCAUCAUGUUUAGAUUGUUGAUAUCGAUCAUGUAACAUGGGGAAAAAGAGUGUAGCGUAUUUGCAUACAAAUCAGAUGAAUGCCUGAAGGUGCUGGGCGUAAAAUUUGUUUCUUUGUGUGUCAACUGCAAUCCAAGAGGUAUUAGCAUAAAUAAAGCCACAGCGAGUUUUGACUUAUUGGUAUUGAGGCCACAACCUUUUCAGUGAUGUUGGACCACUAGAUGGUACUAAUGCAUCACUGGUCAACCCUAACCUUUACAGCACGUUGCUGUCUUCUUUCCUUAAGUGACUGAUGUCUCUCUGUUUCUCUGCAGACCAGUCCUGUCCCUCCAGCACCCGUUACAACAUGAGUUCUGCCUCUGUUCAUCUCUGCCUCGGCUGCCAGAAUAACACAGUGCAGAUGCCUGCAAACACAGGGGAGAACUGCCUCUGUGAAGCAGGUUUAGUUCACAGUGGCAGCAAGUGUGUCUCUUCAGAAAACUGUGGCUGCUUUCACCACGGAGAAUACCUGCGGGCAGGACAGGAGGUGUCAACAUGUGAAAAAAAGUGUUUAUGCAACGCUGGGGGACAGAUGACGUGUCGUGAAGUCUCCUGUGGGGAGAACGAGGAGUGUAAGCUUCUUAAGGGCGUCCAAGGUUGCUAUCCCAAACCCAAAGUGGCACACUGCUCUGUUGAUGGUUCCCAGUACACCACCUUUGAUGGACAGACAUUUGAAUUUCAUGGUUCAUGUAACAACACCCUGGUGCAGACAUGCUCUCUGAAGGAGCUGGAUGUGGAGUCUGUUUUCAUAGCUGCACAGGGAAACCACGGUGAGGGCAGGCAGAUCUACUUGCAAGUCGAUAAAAUGUAUUUUCAAGUAUCAGCAGCUUACCCCGGGAAAAUACAGGUAAUUUAUGUAACGAUUGCACAACCUUCAAUGUGAUUUAUUGUUCAUUAUUCUGUUAUUUUUCAUAGUGUAUACAAACUGUAGUGUUACUUGUGUUUAAAAAUGAAAUGUUUCACCCAGGUAAAUGGAAUUUAUGAGAACCUGCCGUUCCUCCACAAUGAAAUCACAGCGCAUCAAAAAAAUGGAUGGGUAACCAUAAAGACUCAAAAGUCAGUUGAACUGAUUUCAGACCUCAAAAACCACAUCACAGUCAAGAUCCCCAGCACAUACCACCAGACUACCUGUGGCCUUUGUGGGAACUAUAACAGUAACCCCUCUGAUGACUUGCAGCUGCCCAGUGGCUCUGUGGUCUCUGACACCGAGGUGUUUGCAUCAUCAUGGAGGCUGUCUGAUCACGAGUCGAACUGCAGUGACACGUGUGACAGCACCUGUAAAAGCUGCCAGUCUCCUUUACCCAAGUACACCUCUGACCUGUAUUGUGGUCUUCUCACCCAUCCCAGGGGACCCUUCUCCUCUUGUCACCACUUAGUUUGUACUCAGAAAUACUACUCACUCUGCAUGAGAAACCUUUGUGUUGCACAGGGACAAAGCUGGGCCCUGUGUGACGCACUGUGGGCUUAUGAGGUUGCCUGCAAAGAGGCUGGAGGGAAAGUUGACCUCUGGACAAACACAACAGGCUGUGGUGAGUCUACAUUAGCAUGGUACAUUGUUUUUUAGUGAGUAAAUGCAGUGAAAUAUAAUAUCGAUUAAGAGUGAGUGAUGUGUUUUUUACUCUGCAGCGCAUCAAUGUCCUGAAUUCAGCCACUACAGCCCAUGUGUCAAUGCUUGCUCCUCACUGUGUCCUGAGAUGAGCCAGGCAGUACAGUGCCCCAUGGACUGUGAGGAUGGCUGCCAGUGUAAUAGCGGACAUCUUUAUGAUGGGAAUGCCUGUGUACCAGCAGAGAGGUGUGGAUGCAUGCAGAAUGGGAGAAGGUUUAAGGUCAGAAUUCAACAUUCAUGUCCAGCAUAAUUACAAGUAUGUGAAUUCAGCUGCCGGAAAAUUCACACUUAUAAUUGAGUUAGAGUUUAAUGUUUGCAGAGCUUGAAAUGAGUGUUUACCCCUUCAGUCGCAAUCAAAUAUUCUUAAUUGACUUCUUUCAUGUCAUUGUUUCUAAUUUCAGGCCUCUGAGAGCAAACUGCUUCAGAACUGUACAGUUAAUUGCACCUGCGGGCCUCCUCUUGUCUGUGAGCAAUACUCAUGUCCUCCAAUGCACAGUUGUGUUGUUACAGAUGGAGCCAUGGGUUGCCACAAAGACGGUGAGCAUUUGAAUACUUAAAAACAAAAUUUAGAUUCUAAUUUACUUUUUAUUGCAUUUUUUUCGUUGUAUUUUGCUCAUUCAAUAAUAACUAUUUUUCCCAGAAGUGGAACAAAUCUCAGAGCCAUGCGAGGGAAAAUGUGAUGAAACAGAGAAAUGUUACCUGAGUAAUGGUUUGCCUGUUUGUGAGAGCCGCCAGGGUCUGUGUUGGGCCUGGGGAGGCCAGCACUACCACACUUUUGACGGACAAAACUACAACUUUGAGGGUACAUGCACAUAUCUGCUGGCUGCCUGCGAAGGGGCAACAUGUGGGCUGACUCCCUUUAGUCUGUCAAAGAAAGAUAGCUUGAACAGCAGUGGAGCAGCAUCCCCUUCACAGGUUGUCACUGUACAAGCUUAUGAGUUCAUCAUCAAGCUCAGUGGUGGAGAAGACAGCGUAGAUGUAAGUUAAUCUCAGUUUCUGUAUGACAAAGCUGAACACUUUUACCCCAAUCAACGUGUUACUUGCCCUGUUUUUGCAGGUAAAUGGUCAAAGGAUUAGUGGUCCUGUCAACCUGCUGUGGGGUAAAAUCCAAGUCUCGUACAAAGAAGGCAGAACUCAUCUGAAAACUGGCUUUGGCUUGCAUGUAAUCCUAGAUGGGAACUCCACUGUUCUGGUGAUACUAAACCCACAGUACAAGGGCCGAGUCCAUGGGCUGUGUGGUAAUUUUAACGGGGAUUGUCAAGAUGAGAUGGCUGUAACAACAACGCCAGGUUCCCCUCCAAUCAAUUCAAGUGUGGCGCUCGCUAAGGCUUACCAGGUCUUCGAUAAGGACCAGAGCUGUUGUACUGGCUGUAAGCAGGAACACAGUGAAGUCACCUUCCCAGCAGAUUUUGAUUCAGAACUUGCCUCUGGUCACAGAAAAAAGUGUGCAGUGCUCAAGGAUGAAAAUGGUCCACUGGCCCCCUGUCAUAGCAAAGUUACCCCAGAUUCCUUCUAUGAAAGUUGUUUGAGUGACCUCAUGCAUAAUGGAGGGUCGGAGGCUGCUCUAAACCAGGCCAUAUAUUUAUACUCUACAGUCUGUGAAGCUUUCAGAGAUGGAUACCUCAGUGAAAGAGCUGUUGGUAAGUAACCACUUUAAGCAAUUUAAUCUAUUGCAAUGAAAAAUGUCCCUGUUUAAUGACACAACAAAAAUUCAUUUCAGAUGUGCGCUGUCCACCAAACAGCCAUUACAAGACCUGUGGCUCAGCUUGUCCUCCAUCCUGUGAGUUUAACAUCACAGUCUGUACUAAGGCUUGUGUUCGUGGCUGUUUCUGUGACCCCGGGUUUGUUACAAGUCCAACUGGCUGUGUGCGUCCUCAUCUGUGCGGCUGCGCGGACUCCACAGGCAAAUACCACAGCCUCAACUCAACUUACUGGACCCCAGACAACUGUGGCGAGCUCUGCACAUGUGGACCAAUGAAUGGAGAGGUCCACUGCCACCCAGACCACUGCCCCAGGGGAAUGGUCUGCAAGCAACUACAUCACAAAAGACAGUGUCAACCUGAAAAACCCAUGAACUGUUCCAUCUCUACUGGGCUGCAUUUUACAACCUUUGAUGGGCAUCAUUUUGACCACAGAGACAGCUGUUCAUACUCAUGGGUUCAAACAAAGUCUAACCUAACUGGACUAAAACCAUUCAAUGUCACAAUCUCUGAUGCAAACUGCCUCAAAAGGUUUUCUCACAGCCUCAAUCUGAUUCUCUCCAUCUGUGGUGUGGAGGUCAUGGUGGGAAAAGACCAAGGAAAGGUUUUUGUGAGUAUUGUCCAAUCCCUAAGCUCAACAGUCCUCAAAAUAACCACUUGUUGUUUCAAAACUUGCUUCUAGUCACAGAGAUGAUAUCCAGUGUGAAAGUAUCAUAAUAGUCCAACUGUUAAAGGGAUACUCUGGCAUAAAAUUAAUUUAGGGCCAAACACACUGUAACACCGAUUUAGACACCCCCUUCAGAGAUGAAUGUUGCCGACUGUUUGCUUCUCUAGUUAUAUAAACUUUAGUAAUGACUGCACAAUAGCAAUACACAGGUCUAUGGAGCCAUAAACAAACCUCAACCAAAACGCCACUCCAUAGCCACAAAUAAAACUUCAUCAACUGUACAUAUAGGGUCCCAGCCAUAGUACUAGAGACGAAACACAACUCACCUACUCUCUUCCAGCAGCCGCUUGUUUGUAUUGAGACCUCGGACCAAUCUAUUACGGACUACAGUGGGGUGACCUAGCUCAAGGAAAAACAUUUAAGAUCACUCCUUCAUGUAAAUGCAAUCAGACUGAGACACUAAGGCAGAAGAACUACCGCGUCUGCAGUGCAAAAUGAUUAAUGUAGUGAUUAUUACUUCAAGGAAAUGAUAAAGAAAUGAUCAUAAUUGUUCUUCCUUGAGCUGCAUCCCCCCCACUGCAGUCGAUGGAGGUCUCUGUACAAACAAGUGGCUGCUGGAGGAGAGUGGGUGAUUUGUGUUUAGGCUCUUUGCUAAAGAAAUCAGGCAAAACUAAAAACAUGUUUGGUGGCUAGUGCUGUGGCUGGGACCCUAUAUGUACUGUUGAUGAAGUUAGGUGCUGUUCUGAGCAUUAUUUGUGGCCGUAGAGUGGCGUUUUGGUUGACCACAUAGCUCUCUCUAUAUUGCUAUCUGCAUUUGUUAGUAAAGUUGGUAUAACUAGAAAAGCAAGCGGUCGGCAACAUUCAUCUCUGGGCGGGGUGUCUAACUCGGUGUUACAGUGUGUUUGACACUAAAUUAAUUUUAUGCCAGAAUAUUCCUUUGAGUCUUGUCCUUUUUGAUUUUCAGGUUGAUGGACUACAUAAACCCUUGCCUUACACUCACCCCUCAGGUUGUGUUCAUGUCUACCGCACGCUUUCAUCCAUCAUCAUUCAUACUGAUGUAGGAUUACAGCUCAUCAUCUACAACUUUGGUGCUCUCAUGGCUAUCCUCCCCAGCAGCUAUGCCUCUUCUGUCUCUGGUCUUUGUGGGAACGCUAACUCUGACCCAGCUGAUGACCUCACAAUGCCAGACGAAGAGCUCGCCCAAAAUAAGCUCGAGUUUGUCCACAGCUGGAGGUCCCAGGGAGCAGAGGGCUGUAGGAGUAACUGUUCGUCCAGACUGAAGCGUUGUCCUAUCAAGGCACAGAGGCUGUUGGAGGGCAGUGACUUCUGUGGGGUGUUGUUGAAUGAGCUCGGACCCUUUGCGGAGUGUGCAUCAGUUUUAAAUCCUAAGCACUACUUCCACAGCUGUGUCGUCGAUACCUGCUGGUAUAAAGGACACUACUCAGCACUCUGCAGCUCCAUUGCAUCUUAUACAGCUGCCUGCCAAGCAGCUCAGCUACCAGUCAGGCACUGGAGGAGUGACACUUUCUGUGGUGAGUAAAUGGUCCAUUCUGUGUUUUCAUCUGGGUAAUUUCAUUUUGCUGUCACACCUUUUACAGCUGUUUACAGUGUCCAGCCUUACAGGACUGGAAUGUCUGUCUGUGCUCAGGGCUGUCCCACUGUGAAAUUGGCAAUUACUUUGAGAGCUCACUUGUUUACUGAGGCUUUAAUAAACAUCGUAUACCAGGCAGUGGUCAUACAAACUUUACACAAAGGUAAAACAUCCACUAAUAUAUAACCUCUAUAAGGAAUGAAGAAGCAUCCUUGCAGAGCGGUUACCCCGUACAGUGGAUUAAGUUCUAGUUUCAACAACACUUCCAACAUCCCCCUUUGCCGAGUGUUGUUCCCCUCUCUCUCUCUCUCUCUCUCUCCUCCACAUUUCCUGCCAUUCAAUAUGGAUAAUGUUGCCAAAAAUAAAGUACAGUUAGCUUGAAUCAACACUGCAAAGUAUCAACAAACAAUGAAAUAACCUUGGAAGCAAUAAACAGUCACAUUUUAAUCCAUCAAUCCAAAGUUUUUUUCAUUUAAAUUUGAGCCUACAUCAAUGCUGCAAUGUUAAAAGGCAGUAAAUUUCAAAUAUUUCAGCUUCUCUUUAUAGUCAUGGAGGAAAAAAAAAAGUUUGUCCAAGUUUUCAUGUAUUGCAGUUUUUACAUUUCAAAUACAAGACAUUGCUCUUGGUAAUUACAGCAUGAAAAAGAUUUAAGGAUGGGAAGGACCUGUAGGAUGACUGUGGUGAAUAUUGAAUUAGAAUACAACAUGUUCAAGUCAUCAAUUUCUCGACCAAAUGUUUUGUGAUUAUGUAAAGUUGUACCUAUUCACCACCUCUCCUUCUAGGCAUGUCCUGUCCUAAAAACAGCCAUUAUGAGUUGUGUGGACCUCGAUGUCCUGUCGUGUGCCCCGGACUGUCCUCUCCAGCAAACUGUAGCGGAGGUUGUGAGGAGGGCUGCCAAUGUGACCCUGGCUACGUCCUGAGUGAUGGCCAGUGCGUGUUGGUUUCUGACUGUGGCUGCAUGCAUGAGGGACGCUUUCACCCUACAGGACACUUCUACUCUGAGAAAAGCUGCCAAAAGUGUAACUGUGAGAGAGGAGAGGUGACCUGCAGCCCAGCAGAGAGCUGCUCAGGAGAGGAGGGACAUGCUUUGCAGUUUGGAGUGUGCCAGGUGUUUGCUGGCUUUGGCUAUAUCACUUUCGAUGGUGUAAUUCUGCCUCACCACGGAGUGUGUACCUAUUUAUUGUCAGCCCUCACUUCUAAAGCUAACCAAAAUUAUACUCUGCUACUCAGCUUUAAAAAUGACAGCAGUGGUAAUUUCACAAUCAGCAGCGUAGUAUUUCAAUUGCUCUCCCUGGAGGUUUCUAUUGACCCUGAAACACUAUGGAAAGUACAGGUUAGUCCUCCCUUUUUUAUGCAAGUGUUAAUCACAAGUUUGAUCAGAUUUGUGCAGCUUUGAUUUACUGCCACUCUGCUUUCAGGUGAACAGAGAAGAGCACAGCAUCCCUUUUGACAAUGGAGACCUUAAAGCAUACCAAGAUGGCAACCGACUUAUUAUCAAAACAUCAUCUGGGUUGGGUAUCGACUUUUCAUCCUCUCAGUUCCUCAGGCUAACUGUACCACAGGUUUAUGACGGCACAGUCUCAGGCCUCUGCGGGAACUUCAAUGGAGACAGGUCUGAUGAUAUGGAACUGAGAAAUGGUCAUCUCACCACAAGCUUCUCAGAGCUCCUAAACAGCUGGGCAGAGUUGGGUCCUGGAGAACACUGCGCUGUCACCUGUGGGAGAGAGUGUGAAUGCAGCCUGUCCCCACCCAACAACGGAGUCUGUGAUGUCCUGAUGAACAGCAGUAUGAAAUUCAGAAGGUGCUGGAACAGCAGUGUGGAGCGUGAUAUUUAUGCACAAAUGUGCAUGAGGGCGGUCUGUUCAGGAGCUGGGGACAGAGCCGCAUGUCUUGCCCUGGAAGCCUAUGCUGCAGCCUGUCAGGCUAAAGGAAUACCUGCAGGACUAUGGAGGGAGAAUACACCUUGCUGUAAGUGAAUAUUUUCAUCCCUGGUUAAAUCAGGACUAUUUGAUCUAUUCUGAGAAGUUUGUGUUUUCUGCCUCCAGCUCUUGAGUGUCCUGAGCACAGCACCCCAAGAAACUGUGUGGACUCCAACUCCAACUCAUGCCCUGCUCUGCUCCAGCCUGGUUCUCCAGCAGCCAGCUGCUCUGAAAGCUGCCAGUGUGAUCACGAAUAUGUGUUUGAGGGGGGCAAGUGUGUGCCCUACAGUCAGUGUGGGUGUGUUCAUGGAGAUAAAUAUAUCAAGGUAAAUGUAAAGCUUACUGCAGGAUGGAUAUACUUAGCAUAUUUUUAAGAGAACUGUUAGAUCCUUCAGUCAAAUUGAAGUAUUUUACAUUUUAGCAUUGGUGCUUUAAGUUGCAUGAAAGCAAGAUUUGAAAUAACUCUAGUUUUUAAAUUUAUUAUUCAUUUUAAGGGGGGGAAAUACUGUCAGAGUUGGUUCUGAUGGAGCAAAUUUAAUUUCCACUAAUGAUUAAAUUCGUUAACCAGUGAAAUAAUUCACUUAUCUUUAUCAGCUGAUUCCUCUUAAAACACUGAAAAUGGUAAGAAAUUGAUGCAUACACACAGAGACCAAAGUAUCACUGGCUUGUAACGUUGGAGUCAGAGGUCAAUGGUUAAGUUGUAACUCUUCAUCUUUUUCUGUGCAACUCUCUUCGUCCAGACCAGAUUAUUUAAUAUGUUUUACAAUUUAAGAUUGGACUGCAAAAUCAAACAUUUUUGUAGCAAUGACAGAGUCAGAAAAAGUGAAGCAACAAUGAAAUAUUUUCCUGUAAUAAGGGGAAAAGAAAAAGAAAAGAGUCUGAGGACGUGCGUCUCAAAAUCAUGUUCAUGUACAGUUCUUGAUUAAAUCAGUUUGGUUAUAGUUCACUUCUUAUCUGCAAUCAAAUCUAAUUUAUUCAGAAAUAGUUUUCCCUCUCCUUUAUUUCUUAGAUGGAUGAGCAGCUGUACACUGAGGGCUGCACCCAGAGGUGCUGGUGUCACCCUCUGAGUGGAGUGCUGUGUGAGGAUGCCCGCUGUGGUCCAGAGCAGCAGUGUUCUCUAAAGAACGGUUCCUGGGGCUGUCAGGAUAAACUUGAAGCUUGCAAGCUCAGGAACAGCCUCCAGGUCUCCACUCUAAGUGGACAGAGGCUGAUGCUGGAACCUGGCCUUCCUUACAGUCUGAUGUCUCUCUGCAAUGACUCUAGUGUGCAGUGGUUCAGUGUCAUCUCCUAUUACGGACCUUGUGAUCACAGCUUCUCCAGAUUUGUCACCGUGUUUCAAAUCCUUCUGCAUGGAUCAUCAGUCACCAUACAUGACGGCACAGUAAAGGUACACCUCCACUCAGGGAAGGAUUUCAGUUUGUGGCCAUCAAACCCUGUUUAAUUUUUCCAGCUAACUCACAGUUGUUCCCUACAGGUAAACGGGCGAUUGGUGUCUCUCCCUCAUGUUCUACAGUCUGGGAUCUCCCUGACAUCAGGUGUGAGCCGAGACAAGUCAGAGGUCACAGUUAUCCUGAGGAGAGAUGCCGGGAUGGAGUCAGAGUUGGAGAUGGAGAUUGGCAUUACCAUGGCGACAGUGAAGCUUCCUCUUUGGUACUCAGACAAAUUGUGUGGUCUAUGUGGAAACCUGAAUGAUCUUGGCUCCCACAGUUCUGUCAAGUCAUGGGUCAUUCAUGACUUUCCCGUCUGGUGAGUAAUUCUUUCAACAAAAGUGCGGCAUGUGACUGACUGGUUUUAUUUUUCACACUGAUUAACAUUUAACAUGAAAGUCAAUCAGACAUUUUCUCUCUUCACAGUGGCUUCACUGGAUAAUGGCUGGCUGUUUUAACCUCUUAUUAACAUGUAUUGUUUUAAAUACAAAACAAUUUAAACAACU